GUGUGUGUGUGUUUCUCUCUCUUUCUCAUUCGAUAAAUUGAAGGUUGUUGUGUUGUGUUUUGUGUUGUGCUGUGUCUCUCUGUCAGUCGCCAACCGCAUUAAGCAUCGAUCCAUCCUCUUCUGUCCUUUCUCCUCUGAUUGUCUCCCAAAGGACCUACCCAAUCAAAUUCUCCGUAUCAUAUCUUCCCUAUAAUCUACGACGCCUUUUUUCACUCACCGAUUCAAUUGAAUGGGCCUUCACCUUUCACUUCUCCAUCCAUGCCAAUGGCUAACUCCUUCUCUCACUUGAUCCUCCACCGCCCCCGCAUCAACGCCCUUGACCUUCUUCUCAUCUUUCUUCAUACCCUUUUAUAGCCCACAACAAGCAGCCUUUCUCUCUUUUUGAUUUUUUUUUUUAAACUUUAACAAAAAUUCGAUUUUUCUUCUGAAUUACUACGCCCUUUUGGAUUCUGAUGGCGUCGGUGUUUCUGUACCACGUGGUCGGCGAUCUGACGGUGGGGAAGCCGGAGCUGGUGGAGUUUUACGAGAGUGAGACGGUGGAGUCCGCGAUUAGGGCGAUCGGAGAGUUCCCUGAAGGGAGCAUACCCAUUUGGAAAAAGAGAUCUCAUGUGGGGAUUGAGAAUAGUGAGAUGAAGCAGCAGAGGUUUGUUGGAAUCUUUAGUUCCUUCGACAUAGUUGCGUUUUUGGCUAAGAGUGAGUGUUUGGAGGAUCAGGACAAGGCCUUGAAAAUUCCUGUUUCUGAGGUUGUUGUUCCUAACAAUUCGCUGCUCAGGGUUGUUGACCCUGCCACAAGAUUAAUAGAUGCACUAGACAUGAUGAAACAAGGUGUGAAACGUUUGCUUGUUCCGAAGAGUGUAGCAUGGAAGGGCAUGAGUAAGCGAUUCUCAGCUAUCUACUACGGCAAAUGGCACAAGAAUAGUGAUUCACCUAGCAACAGCAGCAACAAUCUACCUCCUAACAUGAAUUGGAGCCCCUCAACUUCCGGUACUGUUAUCCGUGACAAGUACUGUUGUCUCUCUAGAGAAGAUGUUCUUCGUUUCAUCAUUGGUUGUCUUGGAGCUCUGGCACCCCUUCCUCUCACUUCCAUUUCUGCCCUUGGAGCAAUCAAUGCAGACUACAGCUAUAUCGAAUCCUCCGCUCCAGCCAUUGCAGCCACUAAAAAGCUUCCUCAAGAUCCAAGUGCAGUUGCUGUGAUAGAAAACACACCAGAUGGUCAGUGUAAGAUCCUUGGAGAAAUCUCUGCAUGCAAGUUAUGGAAAUGCGACUACUUAGCAGCAGCAUGGGCUCUGGCGAAUCUCUCGGCCGGACAGUUUGUCAUGGGAGUAGAAGACAAUGUUAGCUCAAGAUCACUACCCGAGUUCAGUGUAGAUUCACCAACAGGAAACAGUGAUUUAGUUAAUGGUUCGAGAAAACCAAGGAAAUUCAGUAGCAGGAGUAUUGGGUUCUUCAGCAAUUCUCACAGUUUUGGUUCCAGGAGCAUGUACAGAGGUAGGAGUGCACCUCUGACAUGUAAAUUCACCAGUUCACUUGCUGCAGUUUUGGCUCAGAUGCUUUCCCACAGGGCAACUCAUGUUUGGGUGACCGAGGACGACAACGACGAUGUUUUGGUCGGUGUGGUUGGAUAUACUGAUAUUUUAGCUGCUGUAACCAAACCCCCUACAACCAUGAUUCCUGUUAAUAGAUCUACAGAGGGGUUUGGAAAUGAAAUUCAGUGUUGAUUUUUUUUCUUUUUUGCUUUUCACUUUUUCAAUCAGGACUCUUAGCAGUUUGUCUCAGUGCAUUUAAGAUGAUGAAGAUGGGUUUGGAUUGUUUGUGUGUACAAGUUUUUGUGUUGAUUGAUGAUAGCAAUAAAAAUAAGCCAUGUUUUAAUUUAGUCAAAA